AUGUGUAUGGGCAGUUUUGUGAGGAGUGUUAACCAGAGGUUACAGGAAGAGUGGGAUGAGAUGAAAUGUGUACAAGAGAAGUGGGAUACCCUGAAGAUGGCGUUGUGUGACAGAGCUAAGACUGAGCUUGGAUAUGAGGAUAGGAGACAACCAGAUUGGUUUAGAGAGAGUGAGGAAAAUUUAAAACUACUCUUCUUAGAGAAAAAUAGGCUAUAUGCGUUGUGGCUUAGCACUGGAAAAGAGAUCUAUAAGAAGAAACACAGAAUUGCAAGGACAGCAAGGCGAGCAGUGAGAACAGCUAAGGAUGCUUGGUUCCAACGUAAAGCUUUGGAAGCAGAGAGAGGAAGACACUAUGGGAAGCUUGUAUGGAAAUGUAUUCGUGACAUUCAAAGAGAAAGAAGAGGUGUGGUGCCAAUGAGAUUGGCUAUGGUAAAAGAUGAGAAUGGUAGUGUAUGUACCACUACUGAGUCUCAGCAUAAUAGAUGGAGAAGACAUUUUAACAACUUCCUCAACUUACAGAGUGAGUUUGAUAUGGAAGAAGGAGGAGCUGUUAACGCUAUUGAGAAGGUGAAGAAUGGUAGAGCUGGUGGUGAAUCUAGUAUACUUCCAGAGAUGUUUAAGGCUGCUUGCAUUGGGUAUGAAUUUUCUAAAAGAUUGCUGGAGUUGGUGCAUGAUGUGUGGGAGAAGAGGAGUGUUCCAGAUGAUUGGCAUGAUGCUAUCUUAGUUCCUAUUCCUAAGAAAGGUGAUCUCAGCCAUUGCAACAACUGGAGGGGACUUUCACUGUUGGAUGUAAUUGGGAAAAUUGUGGCCAGGAUCCUACAGGAGAGACUACAAAAGUUGGCUGAGAAUGAGUUACCUGAGUCGCAGUGUGGCUUUAGGAAAGGAAGAAGCUGUGCAGACACGAUUUUUACUGUAUGUCAGCUGGUGGAGAAGUCUUUAGAACAUGAAUCUAAGGCCUUCUUCACCUUUAUUGAUUUAAAGAAAGCUUAUGACUCUGUCCCAGGACAGACGAUGUGGAAGGCAUUAGAGAAGCUUGUUGUGCCUGAAGAGACAAUCCAGCUGAUCGCAUCUUUUCAUCUAGACAUGAAAGCCAAAAUUUGUUUGGAUGGAACAAUGUUAGAGGAGAUUGAGGUUCAAAGUGAUUUGAGACAAGCUGUAGAGAGGUGGUUGGUUAGGGUAGAGGAUACUGAAGGAGUGGGCAUUACGAUCAAGUUCAAACAGGACGGGAAAUUGUUCAGGAGGUAUACUAAGAACUCUUGUGAGAGGAAUAUAACAGAGUGUCAAUUUGCUGAUGAUGCAGCUCUUCUUUCAUCAUCAAGAUCAGGAAACGAUCAAACGCCUGUUGCGCUUGAGGGAGGAGACAUUGAGAUGGUAGAUGAGUUUUCUUAUCUUGGGUCUGUCAUUACCAGUUCUGGGCGAAUGACUGUGGAGGUAGACGAAAGAGUAGCUCAAGCGUCAAAGGCUUUUGGGGCCUUGAGAAAGGCUGUCUUUAUUGAUAAACACCUAAAGAUAUCAACAAAGAAUAAUUUGCAAUGUGUGCGUUUGUCUGUGCUGUGUUGUGGAGCAGAAUGUUGGGUCCUUCUCAGAAAGCAGGAGAAGCGGAACACCUUUUACCAUCGAUGCAUUAGAAGUAUCUUGGGCAUUUCCAACAGGCAACAAUGGUCUGAGCACAUCACAAUGGCAGAAGUUAGGAGGUGGGGAGAUGAGGAGACUGCAUCUGAGAAAGUGAAGAGGAAAAGGUUGGAAUGGUUGGGACACUUAGCUAGGAUGCCAGACCAUAGAAUACCAAAAUCAAUCAUAUUUGAUUGGUUGCCUCAUCCCCGCCCCAGAUGUGAGAGAAUGGGAACAUGUGCUCCGGUGGCAGUCAGGGAUGUGAUGUGUGAGGUGUGCUCCAGGACCUUUAGAAGACAGAGUGAUAAGGCGAGACAUAAGUGUAUGGAAGAAAGAAGGAAACCUAUAAGGGAACAACAGGGUGCAAUCCAGUGUUCAAAUUGCCUCAAAUGGUUCCGAAGGAUUGACAGUUCACAGAUGUGUAGAAUUCUAGCAAGCACAAUGUUUGUUCAUUAGACUUGUCUUUUGGAGGCAAGCGUGACCGUUU